AUGGAGGCGACAUUUGACGAUGAUUUAUAUGGGGAAACGAGGCUUUACGAAACACUCGACUCGAAUUCACUUGAAUUCGCCCUUCCAUCACUUUGUUUUCUCGUUGAGAAGCUGACCUCAAAAAAACAGAAUGAGAAAAUUUUGAGACUAAUUCGGGAGUAUCUCGAUCAAGAAACGAGCACAAAAUGUGGCCGAAAAGCGGCAAUGGCCGCGUUGAAGUUAUUGGUGACGGGAAAGAUGUGGACAGAGAUGAUCACCUUAUUGGAAGCACUGGAAGAACCACAGUUCCACAUCGUUCGUCCGAAUCUUGCGCUUUUUCACUCGAUCGUUCAACGAGUUGAUGAGGCAUCGAUUCCUUUAAAUAGCCCGUGGAUAUGGCUUUUGAUUAGAAGAGCCUCUUUUCACACGAAUGGAUGGAUUCGUGAGUGGGCUUUUGAAAGUGGACUCGAUUAUUUGGGAAUGUUUCCGGAGAUCUCGCAAAAAUACCUCAUCACAUUGAUCGAGUUGCUCAAUUCGACCGAUAUGUUGUGGAGACUUGUUGAGAGGGAAUCUUUUGAAAAACAAUGUCAAAAGCUCGGAGAAAUCGUCGAGAGAAUCAUUCAAAUAAAUGAUCAUAGAAAAGCUGUGAACUUCACCAUCGAUUUGCUUGUGUCAAUGACAAGACUGAGUUGCCCUUUCACUUUCUUUUACCUCUCCGAAGCACUCAAAAACAUCGAUUGUCAACUCCUCGGCGAGGAACAUAUUGGAGUUGUUAAAGAGAUCAUCGCAAAAGUCCACUACAUCUCGUAUGUUGCAUUGAAGCGAAAAGCGAUCGGGAAUUUCGUCGAUUUCUUCGCACGAGUCAUCGAUUGGGCAAAAAUGCCCCUUCAUUGUUUCGUCUUUUUCUCAUCGAUCGUUUCGCUUGAUCCCGGGAAUUCGGAUGAGUGUGGAGCGAUGAAAAUGCUGAAGAAAACGAUUGCAACAAGGGAAAUCCAUUUCCUAGUACAAGAGGAGUGCAGAAUGUUUCAGGAAAUCCCAUGGAAUUAUGAGACUGAUGAUCCGGGAUGGUUGUUCUGGACUUUCGCUUGCUCUGAAGGCAAUCAAGUGGCCAUUCAAUUCGAAGUCGAACUUGAGAGAAAUAUUGUCGAGCUGAUCGACGAGGGACUUUCAUUUAAAGGAACUGAAGCACUUCUGCAUGUUUGGCUGAGAAAACCGGAAAGGGUCAAAACCGAAAACAGGAAUCCGGAAGAGUCAUCGAGUUUCGCGCGCAUUCUCACCGAUUACCUCACAAUGCGUUUGUUUAUGCUACGUGGCACGAAUGAAGAUCGAUCCCUCGUCUCACUCGUCCUUCUUCCACUCGUUUUCAAGCUUCCCGCACUCAUCGAUUUACUCCCAAAAGCGAUCACCGAGAUCUUGAAACAGUCAAUUCCAACAGAAAAAUUGUCUCUAAUCUAUCUCAUUCUUCAACAAUGCCUGGAAAAAUCGAGCAACAGCUCGGAAUGGGUUUUCGAAGAGCUACGGAAAUAUUUCAACGAUAAACCGUUUUCUAUGGCUUUAUCGCAAAAAACUAUUAGCGACCUGUCGAAAACCGAUUUCCAGAGGAUUUGCGAGUCUCUGCACACGUCGAGGACAAAGAUCUUCCGAGCCUUUUAUCUCAAAGAUGUCACCGAUCAUUCAGCAUUGGUCAAUGAGGCACUUGAGGCCAUCGAAUGCGCGUCGAGUUUCGAGCGAAAAUUGGAAUUGUUAAAAGUGGUGGAAGAGUGUUUGAAGAAGAUCACCGACGAGACCCUUCUUUCCCAAUGCAUUGCCGCCGCAUCGAUGGUGUGCAAUGAGGAGCAAAAAAGUCUCAACUCUUUACCAUCGAUCAGACAAAUGAUGAGAAUCGCUUUGCAUUGGGAAAUGUUGAAGAGAGAGAAAACAACUGAACAGGCAAUGAAACUUUUCACCGCACAACUCAAAGCCGCCUCAUUGUCUCAGCCAGUGGCUAUGGUGCUCGCUGAAUCGCUGCAAUAUGCGCAAGGAUGGCUAGAUGAGAAAUGGACUGAACAGAUUUUCGCAGUCGCAACUUUUGGGCCGAUUCCCACGAAAGCCGGUCAUGUCUUGAAUGCCUCAUACAAUUUGAUAUAUCCAGAGAAUGAAGCUGAUUCAUCGGAAAGAUUUGAAAGAAUUCACGAAGUCGUCCAGAGGUGCCGAAUGACGGCGAUCAGUGUGGCGAUUCAGUGCUGUUUGAGAGACGAAAAAUUCACCGAUGCACUCCAUUUGGAGAUUAUCAAACAGUGCCUGGAGAUGGACAAAAGCACGAGCAGAUCAUUUGGCCUCUCCUAUGCUCAUCGCGGAAAAACGAGAGCCCUGCAAUUGUUGCUUCUCUCGAUCGUCUAUCUAAAAGAUCAAAAAAUCCUUUCUCAAAUCAUCGAUUGCUGUAUCCGUUUCGUGAUCGAUCCCUGCCAACAAUUCUCCAUCAAACUUCUCGUUGAAUGGAUCAUGGUGACAUGCGCGAAUCGGGAUGGCGAAGUUUUCGAGCAAAUCGUGAAAGCGCAAGAACAUUUCGCCACAACGCGAAUCGGAAGUGUGACCUCUUGGCUGAAUAUCUUAACGCUGUUUGCGCGGAUAAAGAGGGAGGACUUGGGCAUAUUGGAGAGAAUUUUGGCCUUGAUUGCUCCGUGGACUUCCGCCCAGAACUUUUCCGUUCGCUGCACAGCGAUCGCCGCCUCAAAAUUAUUGUAUGGAUAUUUGCCGGAUGAAUCGAAAAACAGCUGGAAAGUCCUCAAAUCGAUUAUCGAUUUUGAUGCGGAACCGGCUGGCAAUUCCCGUCGUGUGAUCGACAAUCUCUGCUCCGAUUUCUACUUUUCCCAUUUGCAUUCGGUCGAGCAUUUCGAUUUGCAAACGAUUUUGCGAAAAAUUGUCGAAAAUACGGGAAUGCCCGAUGAGGAAUGGAUUACGGAAAGAAUCAUUCUCGAGUUGAACGAGACCGAAUAUCGAUCGUUGAACCCGGAUCGGGAGUUCUUGCAAGCGAAAUCUUUGGUCCACAAUUCUCUCUCCAAAUGCAACACUUGCGCUCCGGAAAUGGAAAUUGAAGAAAAAGACAGCAAAGAAAUUGAUGAAGCCAACGAGGAACUGAAUCUACAACGAAAAUUGGUGACUAUAGAGUGGAAAAAACCGGAAGAUUGCUCACUGAUCGUCAUCGCGAAUCUCGUCGACAAAGCAGCGAAUCUUGGGGGUCUAUGCAGAACUUCGGAAAUCUUCUCCGUUGACACGUUGGUUCUCGCCGAUUUGGCUGUGGUGAAGGAUGCGAGUUUUAAAGCGCUUUCGAUGAGCUCCGAGAAUUGGCAAAAGAUGGAAGCGGUGAAAGUGGACGAUUUGUAUCUUUAUUUGGACUCUCUGAAGCAAGCCGGCUAUACGGUGAUUGGAGCCGAACAAACGACAAACAGCGUUCAAAUGCAUAAGUUCGCAUUUCCGAGAAAGUGUGCUUUGAUUGUCGGCGAUGAGCGGGAGGGAAUCCCCACGAAAUUGCUGCGUUACAUCGAUCAAACGGUUGAGAUUACACAGUUUGGACAAACGAGAUCUCUAAACGUUCACGUCACGGCCGCGCUUUUCAUCUCAAAAUACGCUGAACAACACUAUUGCAAG